GAUAAUGUGCAUUUACGGCAUAAUGCACCGUACCAUCGUGAAAUUUGCUGGAACUAAACAUCGCAACACUUAUUUUGUCGACGACAAUUGGAGUACGGACAAUGAUUAAGGCACACUAUUCCCACAUUCACGCUUUUUAGUGCCCUCAUUAAGGUAACUCUUGCCUUCGCGAGUUAAAGUCACAGUAUGUCGUACCGAAUCCUUCAGUUGCGGAUUCUUCGCAAUGGAAACAGCUGUCUUCAAUAGUCGCUCGUCAUCGCCACUCCAUUUGCACUGACCGUUGACUUAAUCGACAAACAUGCGGUUGCAUAAGAUCUCCGAACGUCACUUGCUGCUGUUUCAUCUUUUGCUCAUUGUGUUUGCAUGCGCGAAGACUGCUGAGAUACCCGAAAUAAUAUGCGAAAAAGUCUCUUUUAAGGAAACCCCCGUAGGGGAUCAGUAUUCGGGUCACGAAACAACAACGCUUGCACCAGUCACCAAUAAUAGUCAAAAAUUAACAUCGCCAAUCGUUUUCGAGACUCUCUCUCAAAACAAUUCCAACGUCUUCAGACCCAGUAUACAUUUAGGCGAGAUCGAGCAGCCGAAGAGUCGAAAAAAUCCCUUCAACAACGUGCAACACAUGAGAUUCGAGAACAGUGUUCAUCUAGAUGCGCAACAUGAACAAUUCCAAGAUGUCUUGCAGAAUCAAGGUGUUUCCAGUCUGGUGGAUGAAGCGACGCGAUCGGGCAGAAUUAAGUUCCAAAAUGAUAUUCAGAUACCAUCGAGUAUCCAUCAUCCCUUCAACGAUCAACAGGCGAUUACAGAGGUCGUUUCGGGGUCGCCGCAUGAACAGCCCACUGUCGGACAUGUAUUCUUCGAUCAAACGGUUUUCUUGAAGAAGCCGCAGGACACAUCAACGAUCUUCGGCAAAGCGAUGACGGAUCAUCAAUCGACUGAUGCUUACUUCGAUUUCUCAAGAUCUCCUCCGUACGUCAUCAAUUAUUACACCAGUCAAAAUCAGAACCCUCAUCAGCCGAUGCAAGAGGCCCCACUCGAGAUGAUAAAAAAGCCCGAGAGUAACGGCGUCUUGGUUGUUCAGCAAUCUACUUACACGAGGAAGCGCAAAUUCCCGUACACGUUUUAUCAACCGGGUGACGAGUAUCACGAUAUACAAUAUAUGGAAAAACCACACUCGAUGACUCAUCCGCAAAUGAAAAGUUCUUGGAAGAAGAUCAUUCAUCUGAUCGGAACUUUAUUGCCGCUGGGUCUGCUAUUCGCGUUGGCGCCCAAGGUUGUGCAAAUCAGCAACACGACAACCCAGCCGAGCAUUGUCCUCUCUAAACUGCGGGUCGCCGACCUGCCGAUCGAACACAAACAGGCACGCUCGUUCGACGAACAAUCAGCGACCGUCUGCGAAGAUCGAUCUAUUUGCGAAUUAAUUCUGGCUGGCGACGAGCCGCAAUCCAACAUUCUGCAGAAUGUCCUGUGGAACUUGGCUACUAGGACUGCGGAUGACAUCGCAAAAAGAAACGGUCUUCGUGAGAUAUUUAGCGCUGUGAAAAAAAAGGACUGCAUGACCAUCGAUUGUUAAUGAUCGUCUAGGAAGCCUGAAAAACCACUUACAGCUACACGCGAUCAAUUUCGCAUUCGUUGAUUUAUGGCAUUAAUAUUUACACGUUAUGCAAAUUCGUGACUUUAUGCAUGAAAUGGCAAGAGUACAAAAAACGUUAUAAUUAUCCGAUCACAUACGUAUAAUGAUCGUUGUAAUAAUA